UUUUGAGCUGUGCGUCUCGCUCCCUUGGACUUUCCCCCCCCUGGAUCUCGACCCCCGCGCACGGACCUGGACUUUUGGACGCCUCUCUCCUGCCCUCGACGGCUUGCUUGUGCACGGACUGCCCUCCUGCUUUGUCCCUCCUCUCGCUCUCCUCAACACUAGACAGCCGUCAGUCAGGGGCCACUUCCUGGAAAGUUCCACUACUUUCAAAACAAAGCUGCUUGGUGGACAUGGCUGGUCCAGACAGAGACUUUUUCAGCCCCCUGGCGUCUGCAGCAGCGUGAUCCAGGCUGUUUGCAAGCGAGCAGUGCCGACACAAGAAAGCUUCAAACCUCAGCGAAGAUUUCCUGUUUUUUGGAAUGGUGUUGUUGCCAUCAUGGCGGCCACGUGGGUGUCACUGGUUGUCGUGCUGGUAGUGGCGGCGGACGUGAACGCGGUGAAAAACGAUGGUUACGCUCGGCCAUGCGCCAGUGUCCACACGUCCAGUUCGGUGGUGGCAGUUGGGUCGGCCGUGGAAGCCGUUUGCGUGAUCGCCGACGACUGCCCCCUCCUGAUUGGACACGCCGCCGAUGUGGAGUGGCGACUGGACGACCUCGUCCUUCCCAGCAGCCCCGCGUCCGACCGGGGCCACAGAACCCAUCGAGUGGUCAUCCCAAGUUUCAACCACAGCCGGGCCACUCUGACCUGCUGCGUCCUUACCUCGCCCAUGCAGAUCAUCGGAGGGGUGGAGAUCCGAGCUGGAUAUCCCCCGCCAGUGCCACAGAACCUGAGCUGUCAGGCCAACCUCUCCGCCCAGGAAAGCUUGACCUGUGACUGGGAAGCCAGCCUGCAAGCGAGCCGCCUGCCCACAAAGUACACCCUCCACACGCACAUUGGGGACUUGAACCGGAAUCGCACCUACGAGCUGCCGCCGGGCGUCCACAGCUACACCAUCCCUCGCUCCGACUUUGUGCUCUUCUCAGAAAUGGAAAUAUACGUGAAAGCUGCCAAUCAGCUGGGAGAGGCGAGUUCGGCGCCGCUCACUUUAGAGCCUGUCAGCUCAGCUAAAUUUGACCCGCCAAGCAUUGCGAGGAUGCAAGCUGGGCGGUUCAACUGCCUCAGACUGAGAUGGGACUUAUCCCAACACCAAGACUGGAUGAAGGACUACGUCAGUCUUGAAGUCAGAUUCAAGACAGCGGAGAGCAGCCUGUGGAACAAGAUCCUGGUGCUGCGUGCGCUGCCCAAGAACCCUGUGGACCGGUGUAACCUGCUGCACGGGACGCGCUAUGUGGCCCAGAUCAGAGUUCGAUACCAGCAAAGCCCCUGGAGUGAAUGGAGCGGCAGCCAGUCUGCAGUCACCAUGGAGAGUGCCCCCACAGGACUCCUGGACACAUGGAUGAGGGUGACCGGGGAUCACAUGCACAAACAACUCCAAAUGCUUUUAUUUUGGAAGCCGUCACGGCGGUUCCGAGCCAACGGCCGAAACGUGUCUUACGUUGUCUCGGUGAGAAAGGUGAGCAGUAAGAGGGGAACGCUCUGCUCCACCGCCGGCGGUCAUUGCACCUUCCAGGUUCCGCGUAGAGCCAGGAAAGUGUACAUCGUGGCUGAGAACGCAGCUGGGAAAUCCUCCCCUACUCAAGUCAGAAUCUACCAUCCCAAAGCGCAUGAGGCGAUAUGGAACAUCAGCGCCGCGGCUCUCGCUGACGGGUCCGUUCUGGUGCAGUGGACCAAGAUCCCGUCAGCCGGUCUGCUGGACUACGUGGUGGAGUGGAGACCUCAAUUGGAGAACGCCCUCUUCCAUGUUCGGUUUGAGCUCGCGGGCAAGAAUAUGUCGAGCCUCGUCAUAGCAGGCAGCUUUGAGCCCUACAAGCCCUACGGGAUCUCCGUGUAUCCCAGGUUUAAGGACGGGAUCGGCCGGCCGCAGACUGUUAAUGCCUACUCGCUGCAGAAGGCUCCAUCUAUGGUUCCCAAGCUGAGAAUCCAAAAGAACUGGCGCUCUGACGUGGAACUCACCUGGGACGAAAUACCUUUGGACCAACGUAACGGGAUUAUCCGAAGCUACACGUUGUUCUACUGGGACGAGACCAAAAUAGUUCACGCGGCGAUUGGAGACCUGAAAAAGCGGCGAACGGUCCUGACAGGCCUCAACGCCAUGGUGGUCUACGAUGCCGUGUUGAUGGUCAGCACGGGCGGCGGCAGCAGAAACGGCUCGAUGGUUCAUUUUGAUAUCAAAGAAAUGGAUCCGGUGUUUGUGGCCAUGAUAGCGGUGUUGUCAGCCGUGCUUUUCCUUCUGCCCAUCAUCGUCAUGGUGGUCUUUUGUCUCUACAAAGAUAGCAUGCUGAAGGUGCGAUUUUGGCCCGCUGUUCCCGAUCCUGCAAACAGCAGCAUCAAGAGGUGGACGUCUGAAUCCACACAGGAUAGCAUGUCUCCCUGGGACAGUGAGGAGCCCAAUCCGAUAUACUUGUCCCACUUGAGUGUCCUGGAUGUCACCAUAAAACCAAAGAAAGCAGAGGAAGACCAUAGUCUUUGGUCAAACAGUGCCGAGGACACCAGCGACCUCGGGGAGUCUCUUUGCGGCUCCCCGUUCCUCCCCGGCCUCUCUUCCGCCAACAGCGACUCCAUCCCUUACGCCAGCGUCAUCUUCCCCGCCGCCGCCACCGCGCCGCCCACGCAGCACCCUCACGUGUACCUGCGCUCAGAGUCGACGCAGCCCCUGUUGGAGUCGGAAGAACUCCACAGUCCAAAGUCCUACCAGGACUUGGCGCCUGACGGGUCGCAUGGGGAGCAGUGCUUUUUCGGACCGUGCGCGGGCGGCGAGGAAGAAGAAAAGGAGGCGGAGCCAGCAAUUCAUUGGGAUGACUUCCCUUUUCUAAAAGCGUUGGCUAUGAACGACACGCAGGGAUGUGCUUAGGAUCCUCAAAACAUGCUACUUGGUACUUUGUAGAGAGUCUGUGUAUGCAUUUUAUGUGACGUGUAUUACAUUUUGCUGUGUAAGCUUGGUAGAGUCAUGAAGGAAAGUGUGAUGUCCUGAAGUCCAUCCAUCAAUCCAUUUUCUACCGCUUGUCCCUUUUGGGGUCUCGGAGGGUGCUGGAGCCUAUCUCAGCUGCAUUGUUAAUAUUCAUUACAUAAUUAUUUGAUAAUACUUUAUUGUAUUGUUUAUACAAUGUGCAAAGACAUACACUAUGGCAGGUUCAAACACUGAUGACGUCUAUUAAACAAGACAAGAGGCAAAGAAUUAAA